AUGGGAAAUGCUCAAUCCUCUGGUAAAUUACUCUUUCCAACAAGAGAAAAGGGUCUGGAAGCUUGUUUCUCGAGCUCACAACAAGCAGUUGAGGUGAUCAAGGGUAAUCAAUAUACAUCUUAUGUCUUGUCUGGUUUUUCCAUACUCGGAGAGGAUGAACAGAUUAGAUCCGAGAGAGAACUCGUUCAACAAAGGUUGAGAAACAAAUUGUUGGAUCCGAAGGAAGAUCGUGCAUUGGGAUGUAUGUUAGGAAAUGCCAUUGGAGAUGCAUUGGGUGCUCCUUUGGAAUUUAGUCCAGUUCGAUACAAUACUUUGGAAUUGAAAGGCUUUGAUCAUGCUGAAAUUUGGCAAAAGCCCAACUACAAUCGAUUCAUGCUGAAACCAGGUCAAUGGACCGACGAUUUUUCAAUGGCUCUUUGUUUGGCUGAUUCUCUCCUUGUGAAACAAGAUUUCAAUGCUUUGGAUUUGAGAACAAGAUUUGUGAAUUGGUGGUAUUUAGGUUAUUGUAAUGCUUUUGGAUUCAGUCCUGAUCUCAGUGACAGGGAAAGAAGUUCAGUUGGUCUUGGUGGCAAUAUUUCCAUGUCCAUGACUGAAUUUCUCGAAGAUCCAACUAUUGAAUUCACUCAAACAGGUGACAAGUCCACAAGUGGAAAUGGUAGUGUGAUGAGACAUUCACCUGUGCCAGUCAUGUUCCAUGAUGACCGAAACAAGGCAAUGUCUGUUGCCCAUGCACAGAGCAAAACAACUCAUCAGGGAGAAGAGGCUGCCGAGUUGUGUCGGCUGCUUGCAUUUAUUACUGUAAACGCAAUCAAUAGAGCCGAUUCAAAGAAGGAUGUUUUGGAAGAUUUGAGUGAAUUCCAGACUGACUUGUAUAGUGUACAGUGUUUGUGCAAAUCCAUGAAGGAAGAAAAACAUGAGUCCAAUGCACAUCUUGAUCUUGAAGACAGAAAUUGGAAUUGGAAGGAUCCAAACUUUGAAUUUUGCAAAACUCGAGCAAAACAACAGCCAGGUUAUGUGGGCUCGUAUGCAAUGGAUGCUGUGGCAAUGGCUCUGCAUUGUGUCUACACAACAGAUAACUUUGUCGAUGCCCUGUUGAAAUCUGCCAACAUGAGGGGCGACUCAGAUUCAUAUACAGCCGUCACUGGCAGCCUGUGUGGAGCCAUUUACGGAAGCUCCAGUAUUCCACUUUCUUGGGUCGAUGUUUUGCAGCAGUUCGACCGAAAUGGUGACAUUGCCCUGAAGGCCUACAAGCUGUAUCAUAAGCAAUUCAAUCUUUAA